UUUCGACCACUGCUCCCCCAACCUCCUGGCGGUCGUCCGGACCGUGGCGGUGCACAACCGCCAUACCCGCCUUCCACUGAAGGCAAGAAGAGGAAGGUGGUGACAGCAGCGUGCAAUGCUUGCCGCAAGCGCAAGACUAAGUGCGAUGCCCAGCGUCCACGAUGUAGUGUCUGCAUCUCUCGCAACGCGGAUUGCGACUACGACACCGUUUCUACCGAGACUCACAGCCAGGCACUAAAGCGCAAGUUUGAUGAACUUCAGCAAAGCAAGAGCACGUACGAGCAGAUUUUCGACAUGCUUAAGGCGAGGACCGAGCAAGAAGCUACAAUCAUUAUGCAAAGAAUUCGGAACGGUGUUGAUGCCGACACUAUCAUCCGCCAUGUCGAGGAUGGAGACCUCCUUCUUCAGCUUUCUCUCGUACCCGAAACACGAUAUCGCUAUGAUUUUCCGUUUAUCACUGACAUGCCUUCUUUUCUCCAGCUGCCUGAUAACGUCUAC